GAAAGUGAAAGCACAAUGAAAUAAAUAGGGAGUGGGCAAGAAAAAUGACUUUCGCGCUGACUAACUAUUCUAUUUGCUUUCUCAUUUUACCGUAGAAUUGAAAUGCACGGGAUGUAUGUUGGAUGGUCAUGAAUCUAUAGGAUCAUCGGAGGAUCCCUAAAGUGAGGAUACAUUUGAUGUUUACGACCGUUGGAACUCGAGGCACCAUGCACUUAGGGUUGUGUCUGAGGGUGCUGAUACUGGCUGCUCUCACAGUUCCCAUCAGAGCAGCUCAACCUGCCCAGGAGACAUUCACCUUAACUGUCCCUGAUGGUCCAACCUCGACCCUGUCUGGCUCCUCGGUCUCUCUACUCUGUCAAGUUUCACCUGUCUUCAAUGUGGAGCCAUUGGAGGUGUGCUGGUAUCAUUCCAGUAACAUUCACAGUCCUGCCUUGUUGUACAAAGAUCACAAGAUCCAGGAGACCCCUGUUGUCCCCCGGUACAGGGGCCGGGUGUCUCUAACUGGGGGGAUGGAGAGAGGGAACGUUUCCCUGACACUGGAGAGGGUCACGCUGGAAGACAGGGGGGAGUAUGUGUGUCAAGUCAGCAGUGAACAGUGGGAUGAAAAGGCCAGUGUCUUCCUCACAGUGAAUGUAACAGGUAGUGAACCAGUUCUCUCUGUAGCUGAAGCAAGAGGAGGAGGAGGUCAGGUGAACGUCACCUGUUCAUCAGAGGGAUGGUCACCACAGCCUAAACUCAUCUGGAGAAACAAAGAUGGAGCAGAGAUCAGAAAUGAACAAGAAGUGCUCAACACUUCUGAUCCCCAGGGCUUGGUGAGAGUCACUAAUUGGCAGCUGUACACUCCCUCAUACUCCGAUUGGGUCGCCUGUACAGUCUCUCUGUCUGAGGAGGCGAAGAGAGAGGGCAGAAUUCUGCCACAUAUAUACACAGCUCCUACAGCUGCACCUGGAGUCUACAAAGAGGCCUUCAUUGUGACUCUGGUCCUGUUGAUCCUGUCUCUGGUCAUCAUCUGUGCUCUGUGCUCUGUCAUCCUGUGCAAACGAAGAGGGUCCAUGUGGUCUUCAUCCCAAAAGUCCAGAAACCGUUCAGAUCAAACUGAGCUGGGACAGAGGCCAGCAGAGACAAAAAACCUAAUUGAAGGGGCAGAAAACACUGUGAAGACUCCUUCCAAACAGAAAGCAGCUGGAAAAUAAUUGAAUCUGGAAGAGACAAAAAAACGAAUUGAAGGGGCAGAAAACAAAGUGAAGACUCCUCCCAAACAGAACGCAGCUGGAAAAGAAUUGAAUCUGGAAGAUUGGCAGCAGGUGAAAGGAUUCAAAGUGAACAUCCUUCUGGAUGAAAAGACUGUGCACCCUGCUAUUAGAAUCAAUAAAGGAAAGCGGGCUCAUUACGUUAAAGAAAAAGAUACAGAGAAACCCUCUAGAACGCAUCUCCAUGUGUUUUCUGAAGAGAGAUUCAGUUCAGGACAACACUACUGGGAAGUGAAGGUAAAGGAUAAAUCCACAGAAAAACUGUCAUGGUAUGUUGGUGUGGCCAGAGAAAAUGUUGAGAGAAGACCUACUGUUCCUUUAACUCCACAGAAUGGAUUUUGGAUUCUUUCUUAUGAUAAAGAAAAAGGUUUCCAUGUCAAUACCGACCCUCAACCACCAAUAACUGUGGCAAAGCUCACUAUUGUGGGAGUGUUUCUAGACUGUGACAGACACACUCUGUCUUUUUAUAAUGUUGAUACAAAGUCACUUCUUUACACUUUUACUGAUGUGAAGACAUCCAACUACUUUCCUCUGCUCAGCCCGGGACGAUGUGACAUAUACUCAAUAAGAAUCAUUUGAAAGCACACCAAAACCCCUUUCACACCACUGAGCCAAGUCAACCUGUUCUGAGCUGGCCUGGUUAAGCAUCCAGUGUAGUUGCUGUGGCCGUGCUGGAAAGGACAAUGUGACAAGAAAAUAUCAGGGGCUGCACGUGAGAUGUAGAUGGAGAUGGAGGUGAAAUUCAUGUCAAAUGAGACAUGCAUUAAACACAUUUUGUGUUCAGUGAUUCCCAGUUGUAAAUGUGUGUAUUUUUCUCCCAUGGUUCAUUGAACAAACCCUAUUGGAAAAUGGAGUUUUGAUAUAUUUUUUUAGAUAAACUUUGAAAAUAAGAUCUGUGGUAAACACAGGCUUAGGAGCUAACCGUCAUCAGCUAACGUCACUGAUUGUUUUAAAGCAUUUAUGUAAUCAGAAAAAACACAAAAGGCUACAUUCAUAACGUUCCUAUUAACUGUUGGAUAUUAUCUCAGAUCAAAAUGUAUAACAUCCCCUAAGCCUGUGUUAACCUCAGAUGCUAUUUUGCAUUUAUCCCAAAACCCUAUUCUUUCCCCCUAAGAAUGGCUGAAUGAACCUUAACUUACUCAAACAAAUCUUUUACGACUACAAAUUGCCGAGUUUUAUAAAAUCAACCAAAUAUCUUUCACUUUUUUCUACCUGUAGCUAGAUUAUGAAUGUAUACUGUGAAGCUACUGUAGUACAAGUUAGCCAUAUACUUUGCAUUCUUCAGUUCUGUUAAAAUGUUGUCCCAAUUAAUAAAUUACUGUAA